AUGUCUGAUGACUGGGGUGUACUUGGGGAGCAGGAACAAAGACUGGUGAUCAGACUGACCCAGGUGGGGGAGGGGUGGAGCUUUGUAGGAAACGUCUGCUCACAGUGUGGGAAGAGCUUCAGUACCCAGGGUGCUCUCACAAGACACCAGCGCAUUCACACUGGAGAGAAACCGUAUCAGUGCUCACAGUGUGGGAAGAGUUUUUAUCAAGAGGGUCAUCUCAAAAUACACCAGCGCAUUCACACUGGAGAGAAACCAUAUCAGUGCUCACAGUGUGGAAAGAGUUUUAAUAUACAGAGUAAUCUCAAAUUACACCAGCGCAUUCACACUGGAGAGAAACCGUAUCAGUGUUCACAGUGUGGAAAGAGUUUUAAUAGACAGAGUGCUCUCAAAACACACCAGCGCAUUCACACUGGAGAGAAACCAUAUCAUUGCUCACAGUGUGGAAAGAGUUUUAAUGGACAGAGUGCUCUCAAAACACACCAGCACAUUCACACUGGAGAGAAACCGUAUCAGUGCUCACAGUGUGGAAAGAGUUUUAAUCAACAGAGUGAUUUAAAAAGACACCAGCGCAUUCACACUGGAGAGAAACCCUAUCAGUGUUCACAGUGUGGAAAGAGUUUUAAUCAACAGAGUGCUCUCAAAACACACAAGCGCAUUCACACUGGAGAGAAACCAUAUCAGUGCUCACAGUGUGGAAAGAGUUUUAAUAUACAGAGUAAUCUCAAAACACACAAGCGCAUUCACACUGGAGAGAAACCAUAUCAGUGCUCACAGUGUGGAAAGAGUUUUAAUGGACAGAGUAAGCUCAAAACACACCAGCGCAUUCACACUGGAGAGAAACCAUAUCAGUGCUCACAGUGUGGAAAGAGUUUUAAUCAACAGAGUGCUUUCAAAAGACACCAGCACAUUCAUACUGGAGAGAAACCGUAUCAGUGCUCACAGUGUGGAAAGAGUUUUAAUCAACAAAGUGCUUUCAAAAGACACCAGCACAUUCACACUGGAGAGAAACCAUAUCAGUGCUUACAGUGUGGAAAGAGUUUUAAUAUAAAGAGUGAGCUUAAAAUCCACCAGCGCAUUCACACUGGAGAGAAACCGUAUCAGUGCUCACAGUGUGGGAAGAGUUUUAAUCAACAGAGUGCUUUCAAAAAACACCAGCGCAUUCACACUGGAGAGAAACCGUAUCAGUGCUCACAGUGUGGAAAGAGUUUUAAUCAACAGAGUGUUCUCAAAAUACACAAGCGCAUUCACACUGGAGAGAAACCAUAUCAGUGCUCACAGUGUGGAAAGAGUUUUAAUGGACAGAUAGAUCUGAAAAGACACCAGCGCAUUCACACUGGAGAGAAACCGUAUCAGUGCUCACAGUGUGAAAAGAGUUUUAAUAGACAGAGUCAUCUCAAAAUACACCAGCGCAUUCACACUGGAGAGAAACCGUAUCAGUGCUCACAGUGUGGAAAGGGUUUUAAUAUACAGAGUAAUCUCAAAAAACACCAGCGCAUUCAUAUUUUACAGAAAUGA